AUGGCCAACAAUCAGCGUAUCAGAAACAAACUUGAUACAGUCAUACCAGGUGGCAAUUGUUCUUACAUCGAUGCCAAGUUGGAAGUUGAGUGUAAAUUGGGCGCCAGCGGUGGCGGCAGCGGCAGCAGCCGCGGAAACGGCGGCCCGCCUAUCUGGGCCGCGCUGUGCCCCGCCCCGCUGCCCGCGCCGACACACGCCUCCGCCCCCGCCCCCGCCAGAUUUCCCCGUUUUCCCUUUUCUCCUUGGAUCGUCGCGUGCGCUUUGUCGGCCGCGUGCGUGUCCUGUUACGGAUCGUCGAGUCGCUUCCCGCGCGUCGUGACUCCGCGGGCCGCCGUCCCAAACGGUGUCUCGUCUUCCAGCCGGUUACGUAAUUCUCGCAGCCGCUUUACGCUGGACAACGCGCUGCACUUUGCUGGGCCGCUCAGCCCAACGGGCGAAUUAUCGACGGCUGCAGCUCGUAGUGGCCCCGACAAAGGGACGGAGCGCACAGACGACCGCAACAUUGGCAUCGCGUGCCACCACACACUGACGCCGCGCGUGGGCGACGUGAAAAGUGGCUGCGACGCUCUGACUCACAGGAAGCCACAAAUGUCGGAACUAUCGGGCAUCGCCAUCAGUGCAAGCCACUCAGUAGGCAAAGUAGUUGAGGGAGAGCGCCCUGCACAGCGGCUGGCGGACCACCCAGGUGGCGGGGACGUGCGGCCGGUCCAGACGGCGCGUCGGCAGAGGCAGAGGCAGGGCCCGGGCCCGGGACCUGGACCGGUCGGCCGGCCCGCGCUGCGCUCGUGCUGUGCUGAGCAGCAUCGGGGCCUUGAGGCGCGCGGCCCGGCGCGGCCCCCUCUGCAUUUGCGUACAAAUGUCGCGUCGCGCCACCACUGCGCCUCGCCUCUUACCGGCGAUCUGCGCCUCCUUCAGCGUGAGCCGGCCGCCGCGCCGGUGGGUGCCGUCGCGCCGCCCCCAGAGCGCGCAGCUGUGCUGUGCUGGAGACGUGGACUCGCUGCCGCCGCCGCCGCCGCCGCCGCCGCCCGCCCCCGCCGCCCCCAUGACCAGACCAGGGCAGAGGCCGCGGGGUCCGCCCCUGCCCGCCCGCCGCGGCCCACGCCUAGCGACCUUUUAAAUGCACGUAAUUGCUCGGCGUCUCCGCCCGGUGCUAGAGGUCUGGAGCAUUUAAAUGGGCGUAGGAGCACCGGUCAGAUAGCAUUCCGGAACCGGCUCUCACAGCUUCCAGUGUGCUCGCCAGAUGUCCGUGUCGAGCGCUCACAGCUGACUGACUCGCUGAGUGUAGCGGUUCCGCCGCCACGUAAGACCGCUGCCCACGCCGCGCUGCUGCAGCGGGCCGCCUGCGCCUGCAUUCCAGCGCCCGCCCUCGCCGCCUCCCCGCAACUUGCACUUGACGAGCAGCCCGUCCACUCUCCCAGAUAG